ACAGACUCAUGUCAUAUUUUUUAGGUUGCAUACAUCACAGAUCGACGAACGAGUAAAGCAGCGUGGAGUAGUGGACGGCUCAACAGCCGCGGUCAGGGCAGAGGAACCUUGAGGCGCUGGCGCCAUGUACUUCCUCAAAUAUGUAGCGACGAGGUUCGAGGACGUGAAGGCUGUAGUAUUGCCUGGUGAGAGUGAAGAAGACUUCGACCCCCACGCACAUCGCCAUAUACCGAAGCCCACCACAUACUCUGAGACUAUGAUGCACAUGCUAAAGGGGUGCCUAGGCGCCGGUCUGCUCGCUAUGCCCAACGCGUUCUCACGAAUGGGCAUCAUAUAUGGCACCAUUGGUAUGGUCUUAAUUGGAAUUUUCGCCACUUACUGCAUUCAAGUGCUGGUCCAUGCACAGUACUUGCUCUGCAAGAGGAAGCGACGCGGCUACAUGGCGUACAACAAGAGCAUGCGCGUGGCGGUGCAGGACGGUCCAGUCUGCAUGCGUGGCCUGGAAGGAUUUUUCGCAAAUGGCGUAGACUUCUUUCUUUUAUUUUGGCAAGUGGGAAUCUGUGCCAUAUAUUUUGUAUUUGUGGCAGAAAAUGUGAAACAGGUGAUGGAUUUUUAUGGACACUCAAUGACCGUACGGAUGCUCAUUAUUUACUGUUACCCUCCGCUGCUACUUUUGAGUCUCAUAAAGGAUUUGAAACUAUUGACUCCAUUUUCAACGAUCUCAAACUUUGCCGUCAUGCUCGGAUUGUAUCUCGUUUUCUUUUAUUUAAUAGAAGACGACGCUGAAAUUGAUGACAGUAAACUUCAAAUGAAAGGAAUUAAAGAAAUUCCUGUAUUCAUCGGUAUUACCCUUUUUGCGUUGGAGGCAGUGGGCGUGAUCUUGGCACUCGAGUACAACAUGGAGAAGCCGCGGGACUUCACGGGCCUGUGCGGGCUGUUCAGUGUCGCCAUGUUCAUCAUCAUCACAAUUUACGUCACUUUGGGGAUCUUCGGCUAUCUCAAGUACGGCAACAAAUGCGAAGGAUCCAUUACGCUGAAUUUGCCACAGAACCAGAAAAAGGCGCAAGUGGCGAAGCUGACAUUUACGUUGGCCUUGUUUCUCUCAUAUCCACUACAAAACUUCGUAGCGUGGCAAAUCGUAUGGCGUAAAUCAAGGAAAAAAUUCAGAGAAAGCAUCAGGCCUUUGGCAGAUUAUGUAAUACGUAUUCUGAUCGCCACCAUACCCUUCGGCAUGGCGGUGCUGGCGCCCAACCUUGAGGCGUUCAUGGGGCUGCUGGGCGCGUUCUGUCUCACGUUCGCAGCCAUUGUGUUUCCUGCGCUCAUGGAAAUGCUCGUGUACUGGCCUAAAAAAUACGGAUUCUGCUACUACAAAUUAUUCAAAGACUUAUUAAUUAUUCUGUUUGGUAUCGUCGCUUGUUGCUCAGGAGUCUAUACCAGUGCUCUCGAAAUGUUAGCAGGACCCAAACACUAAAUGCUCGCGACUCAAUCAAGCAAAAUAUGAUUCACUAAAUGUAUUUUAUUUACGUUUGUUAUUAAUUAAAGCAAUAAUAAGUGUAUACCGACAUAUCUUGUCGAUUAUAUACAUACUUACUAGGUAAUUGUGAAUAGGCCGACGCCGAUAAUAUUUUAAAAGAACAAACUUCUGGUGGAAUAAAACACUUGUAUUUUUAACAAAAAUUUGCAAUAUCAAGGUACUUACCUUAUAUUUUUGUUAAUCUAACAAACAGUAGAGAUUUCUAUGGACAAGAAGUGCACCAAUUUAUUAAAUGCGUUAACCGCCUCGUCAGUCAUUGAUGACGGACGCUUAGCGGAGGAUUUGCCUUCAGCAAUUAGGCAGAAUUUUUAGCGUGAUACCUAUUUUUCAACUAAAACUUAAAGUGGUUUGGUUCAGAUCUUUUACGUUUUUUUAUACCUUAUAGUAGCUACUUCCACGCUGCUUCACCCACUGCUGCUCGGCCUCUUUUGAUUGUAGCGUGAUGAUUUGUUUAUGCUGUUCCUAAAUAUACGGACUAUCCAACUCAAAAAGAAUUAUUCAAUUCGAAUCAGUAGUUCCGUAGGUUAGACCUUUACCUACCUACAUAUUAGCAUAUAGAGAUUUUGACACACCAAUUUAUGUAAAAAAUUAAAUAUUAAGAUGGCCGACUGCAAACUAAGAGCCCUUUCAAUCUUUCCUAUACGACUUUUUUGGUAUUUUGCAUUUUCUGUGAACAUUUGCAAUAAUAAUGUAAUUUAUUUAUUACAAUACAGAAAUAAACAUUUUAACAAA